AUGACUUCUGGUAUUAUCAACCCGAAUGGCCUUUUUCUUGACUUCUAUGUCAUGAACGGCAUACCUGAGCUCGGCGAGGACGAUGGCAAAACCAGCCUCUCGCUCCAAGUUCUUGAAAACAACAUGACUUUUUGCGCCAUCCUUAUGAAUUUCAAAGAGGGCCAGCCUCCAACAGGCAUUCCACUAACUGCUGCACUCACCAGGCUGGCCCAAAUCGUCCUUCCUUCUCUCGUUCCGGAGAUCUGGGGUCGUGGAUAUACUCGGAUGAAAGACGUUUUACCCAGAUACCUGUCCGCUGGACACAGUAUGGGGUGUGUCAUAGACGACGAGAAUCGAGGAAAUGUUAUUGGGGACUUGUUCGAGGCCAUGUCAAAACUGCGCUGCCUCUCAUUGAAGAAGCUGACCUUUGAGCAAUGGCAAUAUUUCAGGAAUACCCCAUUCGAGACGAAAAUUACCGAGUAUCCUAUUCUCUGCGGUGGUUCAUCUUAUGGGUAUCAUACUGACUUUGCUUCUUUCUUGCAGAAUAACCUCUGGCCCAGAAACACAGGCUCCGCGGUGAACACAAAGCCCGAUGGGACUUUGGUUGUCAGUGUACCCGCUACAACAGUGGAAUACUUUGGGUUCGCCGAGACAAACUUGGACUUACUGACGCAGAGCUCAGUCUUGUGCCACAAUGACUUGGAGCCCCGUAAUCUUGUCGUCGAGAAAAUAUCCACCGAGCGUGGUGAAGAGUUCAAACUUAUGGCCAUACUCAACUGGGAUCAAGCAGGCUUCUAA